AAAUGUCACUCAAAAAAGCAAGAAGACGAAGAAGUUAGAAGGCUUUUUUAAAAUCUUGUGUUUUUGGAUUUUUAAGUUUUAAUUUUCAAGUAAUAGAAAAAUUAAUCAAUUAUUCUCUACUUGUAAGUUAUAAAUGAAUUUAUUAGCUAGAAAUAUAGGAUGGUUCUAUAAAUGUAUACGACCAGGAGUUGGAAGAAAUAACUGUUUAUUUAAUGCAACAGUAAAAAUGAGCUCAUCUCAAAGUAUUGGUAAAAGAAUUGUAUGGGUGGACUUGGAAAUGACUGGCUUGGAUAUCAACAAGGAUCAUAUUAUGGAAAUAGCAUGCCUGGUGACAGACGCUGACUUAAACAUUGUGGCAGAGGGGCCAAACGUAGUUAUACACCAACCACGGGAAGUUUUAGAUCAAAUGGGUGAUUGGUGCAAAGCUCAUCAUGGUGAGAGUGGCUUGACAAAGGAUAGUCUGAAUUCAAGGAUUUCUGUUGAGGAAGCAGAGAAACAGAUAUUAAAAUUUGUUAGUACACAUGUGCCGGAAAAUAGGUGCCCCUUAGCUGGUAACAGUGUCUACAUGGAUAGACUAUUCCUAUAUAAAUACAUGCCUAAAUUUAAUUCAUAUUUACAUUAUAGAAUAAUCGAUGUAAGCACGGUGAAAGAACUGGCACGAAGAUGGUGUCCAAAAGAGUAUUCAAAUAUACCACAGAAGAAAUUCGCUCAUAGAGGUUUAAGUGAUAUUAAAGAAAGUAUUGAAGAACUAAAAUACUAUAAAGAUCACGUAUUUGUAACUAGGAAUUAGGACAAAAUGAAUACCUCAUUAUUGUUACUCUAAGUUGUAGAUGUAAUAAUAAUUAUGAUUGAUAAUUUAUACAAAGUAAAACUGUUAGACCAUAGAAUUCAAAAUCAUGAAAGUCAUUAUUUCUCAAGAUGGGUAGAAAAAUUAACUAAAUUUUGUAAUUACUAUCAUAAUUUUAAUCCUUGGUUCAUGGUUGUAUACAUUGUUGACUAUAGCUAUUGUAAAACUGUUUUUUUUUUAAAUAAAUUAAGUCACAGAAGUCUUGAAAUACAAUUUUCAUGAUCUAAGACAGUAAAAGUAGCUAAA